AUGGAUCCCUCACGCCGCCGUCCCGCUGCCGGACCAGUGGCCGCUGUGUCGAGCUUCUCUUCAACAGCGAUCGAACUACCCGAAUACAUUGUCAGCACUUUCAUGCCAUCCCUACAACCACUUCUUGCGAAAUACCCUCUAGCUUUCCGAAUGAUUGGCGUUGUUCUGGCCCUUUGGUAUUUCGGGCCCCUCUCUCGCAUACAAUCGCUUUGGACUCGCUUCUCGUCACUGCUCGUCUCCUCAGUUAACGUUGCAUCUGAUGAGGACCUGUUCGACUACCUGGUCACUCACCUGUCAGAGGCCAACACCAUUCGUGCCGACCAAUCUCUUAACGCGCUGUCGAAUGCUCCGAGGGAAACGCCCAGGCGAGGAAUGCGCGAGCCUCCAGAAGAGUCCAAUAGGCGGGCUACCGCUAACAACGAGCCUCCAAAACUCAAGUAUGAGCAAACUCAAGGCACUCAACUUUUCAUUCACAGACGUCGUCUAUUCUGGGCAGUUCGAAAACCGGGCGAAGGCCACACCUUCACAGGAAGCCGCUACAAAAUUGCCGAGAAUCUCUCGAUUUCCUGUCUCGGCCGAUCUACUACGCCCAUCAAGCAGUUCCUUGAGCACAUUUAUAGACUGAACAAAGAUAAAGAGCGCACCCUUACUAUUAUCCGACGUCCAUACAGCAGUGGGUACAGCUCUCGUUUGGCGUGGUCUCGCAUUACGGCGAAGCCUCGCCGAGCUCUCGACACUGUUAUCCUGGAUACGAUGCAAAAGGAAAUGGUCAUUCACGACAUCGAAGAAUACAUGGAUGAUUCGACUUCCUCUUUCUACGGGCGCCAUGGGAUUCCCUAUCGCCGGGGCUACCUCUUCCACGGACCUCCGGGCGUGGGCAAAACCUCAUUUGCUCUCGCACUCGCCAACAAAUUCAAUCUAGACGUCUACGUUCUUACACUUCUAGACCAGAACCUCAGCGACUCCGACUUGAUCUCCCUGUUGAACCAGCUUCCAGGUCGCAGCCUUCUUCUUCUCGAAGAUAUCGACACCGCCGGCCUCAGCUCCCGCAAGCCGAAAUCUACCGUCAGCGCCAACACUGGGCCAGCCUCCCGCGGGACUCGUGGCGGUCCCCGCGGUGGCAUGGGCAGCCUCGCUCCCGGGCGUCGGGGCAACCAACGCGCCGAGCAAAAGCAAAAAGCCUCCGAGACGGCCGAUAGCGAUGACGAAGAGGGCGGCGCACUCUCCAGCAAAGUCAGCUUGUCCGGCCUCCUGAAUGCCAUCGAUGGUGUGGCAGCUCCGGAAGGACACAUUCUCAUCAUGACGACCAACAAGCCACAUGAGCUUGACGAUGCUCUGGUGCGUGCCGGCAGGAUUUCAGUGAGGGUCAAAUUCGAGAACGCUAGCCGUGAGCAGGCAAGAGAAAUCUUCCGACGCAUGUAUCGGGACCCGUCCGAUGAGGCGCCAACUUCUAUCACGUCUAUCGCGGCAGCCGCCAAGAAGACAUCGAUUACGGCUUCGUACUCUGUGACGGAAUCAGAUGCUGAGAUCGACGCUCUUGCGGCACAAUUCGCAGAGACGUUGCCGGAGAAGGAAUUCAGCCCUGCGGACCUACAGGACUAUCUGCUUGUACAUAAGAAGAGCCCGAAAAGGGCGAUUGAAGGGUUGCGAGAGUGGAUGGGCAGGGCCAGGGAGGAGAUGGCGCGGAAAGACGAGGAGAAGGAGGUGGAGAGGGAGGUGCGGAGGGAGCGGAAGCGCCGCGAGGACGAAGGCUGGAAGGAGACGCUGCGGGAGGUUAUGCGCGCGGAGAAGGAUGGUCAGAAGGAGGACAAGCCAGCAGAGGGCAAGGCAGAUCGGGGUGAUGAGGAGGAUGAAGGUCGUAUGGAGAACAUGAGCGAAGACGUGAAAGGCAGUGCGAAGGUUCAGGCAGCAGGUUUGGCAGUAGGCUCGGAAGCUGUUGAUGCAUCGAAGAGUGGCGAGGGUGCGUAG